AUGCUGAUGUAUUUAUUCUCGAUCAUUCAAUACUUUGUGCUCAGAUCUCAUAUUAUUUUACAGGUUUUAAAGAACAUAAAGGACAUUCUCAGAGAGAAUCGAGAAACAUUAGAACGAAUCGGGCAUUUGGCGUCUGAUCCAUAUCCCCAUGACAGCGAGACCUUAACAAAUGCCAUAUCAAAGGUUCUUGAAAAUGUCGCCUUCUUCUCGGAUCUCUCUUUGAGGUUCCCAUUCAUUGAAAAGAUGAUGGAAAAAGACCGCAAGCUGCGAACAGAUGUUGUUUGGGCAUAUAAUUAUGCCAAGGGAACUGGGCUCUGCGAUGUAGAUACUUCCAAGGUUCUUGACAUGAUGGCACAACAGCAUGGAAUAAUUCCAAAAAGUGAGAAGUUCAUCAAUCCUUACGAUAAAGAGCGGGCCAAGAAGGAUCUCGAAGAACUUGCAGCACAGGAACAGGAACGGCGUGCCAAGGACAAGGAUUCGAAAAUUACGAAGAAAAAGAGGAAAAGCGAGUCGAAAUCGGAACUUUGA